CUACAAGACCAUUUCUAUGUUGAGCCCCAACACAACACCAUUUAAAGUUCCUACUGAGGCUGGUCUGCUAAAGCCAAUGAGAUCUUCCAAGUUGGCCUGGACCUGGAAACCAAAAAGAAGAGCAAUGUCAGAUUUAUGCUAACUCAUCUUUAUUAACCCCUUCCCCGGGCCCCCUUCAGCCUCUGUUGAGGGUCAGAGUAAUUUUUUUUUUCCAUAAGGCAAUUUGAUCAGGACCAAGAGGACUAAGUCAGGCUGGGCUGGGAUGAUGAGGGAAAUUUGAUCACCUGGAGAGAUCAGAAGGUUGGCAAUUUGUUCAAUGAAACAUGCAAGGUAGUGAAACCAAAAGAUACCUCCCCCAAAGACUAGGAUUAUAGCUGGGGCUGGAGGUGAUGUCAUAAAAUCUACUGAGGUCAUAAAAGCUUCCCUCUCUUCCCCUGCCUGUCUCCUCACUGCCACAUAUACACACACUUACAUACAAAGCCUGGGAAGGGUCAGACACCAUCCGGCCACUCAGGUACCAAAAGUGGGGACAUGGUUGGGGGUGGUGAUUUCUCAGAAUGUAGGAUCCACACUAGUUUCCCUAGUGCUGGGAACAGUAGGUGGAAAGAAGGGAGAGAGGAACCGGGAGGAGAGUUUUUCUUUCCACUGUUGCUGAUUCAGAUUUUAUCUUAACCCCCAUCCUUUUUACUCCUCAGUCCUCCCUUCCUUUCCUCCCUCACCCCUCAGCCUCCUCCUCUACUAUCCUCCCCAGCCUCCAGCUGAUCAUGGCAUCAGAAGCAGAAAAAACAUUCCAGCGGUUUGCUGUCUUCGGAGAAUCAUCAAGCAGUGGCACUGAAAUGAACAACAAGAAUUUCUCCAAGCUGUGCAAAGACUGUGGUGUCAUGGAUGGCAAGACAGUCACCUCCACUGAUGUGGACAUCGUGUUCAGUAAAGUCAAGGCCAAGAAUGCCCGAACCAUCACUUUUCAGCAGUUCCAGGAAGCAAUGAAGGAACUGGGCCAGAAGCGGUUCAAAAGUAAAAACCCAGAUGAAGCCCUGGAGAAUGUUUUUAAACUCAUAGAAGGCAAGGAUCCAGCGACCACUGGUGUUACUAAAGCAACAACUGUGGGUGGGGUGAGCCGGCUGACAGACACCAGCAAGUACACUGGCACCCACAAGGAGCGAUUUGAUGAGAGUGGCAAGGGCAAAGGCCUCGCAGGACGGGAAGACAUGACCGACAACUCCGGCUAUGUGAGUGCCUACAAGGGUGCUGGCACCUAUGAUAAGAAGUUUACCAAAUAAGGAAUAGCCUCAUCUUAGCCUGCCAGCCAUCAACCCUGCAUCUUUAACACCAUGGAGUUUGGGGAACAAUAAACAUCUGUGUGUGCAGCAGCUAAGGAGCUCUGUUUUCAACCAGGGUAAGGUAUGGGUGGGCUCAUGGGUGUAGAGAGAGAGGACAGGAGAGAAAGUCCAAGAUAUCAGAGUUUCCAGCUUUCCAUCUUUUGCUCUACUUAGCCUGAUGCCUCCAAAUCAAAAGUUAGUCUUCUCCUCAGGGCUGAGGAAUAUAUUUGGAGAUAAACGAUGAACCAGAUGUGGAGGUAAAAGUAUUUGCUAUUUGCAUUCACACACACACUACUGGUAUUCACCCCAUGUAGACACACCUGCCAAAGGGGAGUAGCAAUUUCUGAUUUGAUGGAGAAUGACCCAGAUACCAUCAACCAGACCCUUGUCCCUCCACCUUCCUCAUCUGUUGCAAUCCAGGGUU